AUGAUCACCUUACUUCACAGCUAUGCACCCGAUCUGAGCUUAAGGCAUCGGAUUGGAGUUCUGAUGCGCGUCACGUGCAUCGUUGCUCGGAAAGGCUGCUGCUCGGCGCCGGCUUUGGCCGUCCUGCAAAGCGUGUUGGCUGAUGUCCGCCGAACACCACGGGAUGUGAUCUUUCAGUUGGAACGUGAUUCGGUGAACGAGCUUUUCGCUCUCUGUGCCUUGGCACCUUUGUUGCAAACAGACUGGCGGGUCGACUACCCGAAUCUUCUCUUUUGCAUGGACGCUUCGCCUACGGGCGCCGGCUUAUGCGCUGCUGCGCUGCCUCGCGACGUCGUCAAAGAGCUUUGGCGCUACUCUGAGCAGAAAGGUUUUUACACAAAGCUUCUCGAGCCUGCAAGUGCUAUCCUUGCGGCUGCCGGUCUCGAUGAGGAUCCUGGUGUGGGACUUGUUGAGGAUUUGGGUGAUGCAAACGUUGCUGGAUUAAGCUUCGGCUCCGAACCGCUGCCCUUGAAGCGUCCUCUCUCGACGACUGGGGGCUUUCUGCACUUGUUUCUCCCAGGUUCUACCUGGGACCAGGCGCAUGAGGCAGCCGGCCUCGCGGCUGUCCCUUUGACCGACCCGCGCCUUCCGAACGAGCUGCACUUCACUGCUUUGUCGUCGGAUGCCGUGUUUCACGGCCUUCGGGAUCUCAUCACCAGCGGGGCGGUGUUCGAUCUACAUGUUUCUGCCCCUGCCCUCUCUUUUCUCCCGCGUGGUCGCUUCAAGGCCCGCUCUGAGGCGGAUCCUUCUGCAGCCUGCCGCGAUAGUGGGGAUUUGGCUCUGCACAACCAGUUGGCUCGCCGCCUGUGCUUCCUUUUGUGCAUUGCAGCGUCUUGCGGCGUUUACUUCAGUGUUGCACAGCCC